UGUCUCCUCCGGGUUGCCGUACCCGAUGAAAAGUUCAUUAGCUUCUUUGCUAUUUUCACAUGUCUGUCCACUGACAUUGAGGACAACAACGACAGUUUGUGUUUAAUUGCGCCUCUUUCAACAAAAGGAUCCUCAUUAUGGUGACUGGAAAGCGUUUGGCUGACAUCGGCUACCGGGCUUUUUCUGGCUCCAUGAUGCUGCUGACGGUAUACGGAGGAUACCUAGCUGUCAUGCGAGGAUACAGAUACAUGCAAAGGCAAAAACAGCUGAAGCUGGCAGCAGAAAACCAGGAUCAAGUCAAAGACUAAGGCGAGAUGGAUUGAUCUCCUUUUUGCAUAGAUGUGGACAUUUUCCCUUUCCUCCAUUUUUUUUUCAUUUACUGAAUCAGGAAGAUGUUUAUUCUUAUUAGGACAUUUGUCAACUAAAUUAUGAGGCUGUUUGGUGUGUCCUCUAAUGGAAGAUGAACCACACACAUUGUUUGUGCGUAUCACUGGCCUCCUUCAUGUCCAAGUUAUGACUUGCACUAAUCAAGAGGUGAAGAUGGAUGUAAUUAUGUUAUAUUAAAUGCCUUUAAACCACACAA